AUUGAAACGAUCAAAGCAUGGAUACGGACGUGCGAGCUUUCGCACAUAAGCUGCAACGCCCAAGAAACCACAAUGUCGCUCUAUCUGGUUGAUGUGGUCGCGGAGUGUAUCAAGUUUAUGCCAACAGCACGGACAAACUACGUUGCUCUGAGUUAUGUCUGGGGCAACGUUGAGUGCACCAAAUUGAAUCGCGAAAACUUGAACGCUCUCCAGGCCGCUGGGAGCCUGUCAUCCGAAUCAGAUAUCGCUAUAAUUCCGCACACGAUAAGGGAUGCGAUGCGUCUAACAGCAGAACUAGAUAUACGCUACCUAUGGGUAGACUCCCUAUGUCUA